AUCUAGAUAAGUUCGAUUCGCACUCUCGGCAGGAGCAGAGGAAUAUUUUCUUCGAGUCGCGAGCUUUUUCCUUCCCGUUUGUGUAAUCCGUGAUUCUCGGGGAACUAUUCCGUGGUGAACCAGUGUCUUCGGCCAUCGGUCAACAAAGAAGAAUGGCGUCUCUAGUGCACAGCAUUCGCAGUCUGGCGUGCCGGAAUACUCCACUGCUUCGAUCGCUCGCCGUCCGGACUAUCUCCUCUUCGUCGGCACUGCAGCAAAGAAGUUGUAAUCAGAGGGUUCUGGCUCAGCCUCAGCCACUUCUGUCAAACUUUGAGCAAAUCGGACGUUGGCAACUGGAGUGCACCAGAAGCUAUAGCGCCAAGGAACCCCUCACCCUGCAGCUGAUCAAAGAACGAGUGUUGUUGGUGCUGAAGCUGUACGACAAAGUCAACCCGGAAAAGCUGAGCCUGGAAUCGCAUUUUAUUAACGAUCUCGGUCUGGACUCGCUGGAUCAUGUCGAAGUGAUAAUGGCCAUGGAAGAUGAGUUCGGCUUCGAGAUCCCGGACUCCGAUGCGGAAAAGUUGUUUAAGCCAGCCGAUAUUGUGCAGUACAUUGCCGACAAGGAAGAUAUCUACGAGUAAGUGUUAGGGGGAUUAUCGCAUACGUCUCGCGAGCGAUAGAAUAUCGUUGCUGCCUGGAUGCUGCAUAAUAUAUUGUUAUGAAAAGAACACAGCGUGUAGAUUAUAGAGUAAACGAAAAGGAAUAAAAUUUUCAUUCAACGGCUAGAA